AAGGCAAAUGGUUAUUUUUAAUGUAGGAAUAAUUAAAAUAAUUUCUGUAUUUUAUUUAUCUGCAGAAUAAUGUCAGACCUGCUGAUCAAACAGAGUCAAGCCUCGAUCUUGAUGUUACACAAACAUAACAAAAGUUAGACUUCAUAUUUAUACAGAUGUUAUUAAAAUUCUAGUCUGUCUAUCAGCUGACAGGACCUGACAGUUCAGACACGUCGGUAAAAUUAUCUGACGUUCGUUUCUUCCAGCUGAAAGGAGCAGGUGAUAUUGUCUCAACCAAUCAGCUUAACGAUCACAGUCAGAGCUUCAGAAAUGAAAAGUGAGGGAUUUUGAUUCCUGACCGGAUCUUACUUCUUUUUCUUUCUUUUUUAAAGAGAGAAACCACUGCAGGACCCCGUUAGAAUGAACGUGGGUUAGUUUCAUAAAAUUAAGUUAAAACCCCCCUCGAACACGGUUCUUGGAUAGUGACACCAAUUCAUCUAAUCUCCUUCCAUUCCCUAAGCUGCAGCAAUGAAAAGUGCAUUAGCAUUCUGUCUUGGCGUGUAUAUCUAAGUGGCUUAAAAAGUGAUUUGAAGUUGAUUUGUAUAUAAAAGGCCCCUUUAUCCGGAUUGAGGCUCUAAUCUGCUCGGUGUCGCAUGACUGCUCCAGGAAACCCGUUUGAGCAGCUUCAUAUAAGGCCAGGAGUAUAAACGUAGGAUGGCUGUCAUUAAAGCCCCUUCUCUUUUUUUCUUUCUUUUUAUUUUUUAACAAAAGCCCACUUCCUUUUACUGUCAUCUGAGGGGAGAAGGAGGGAGAUUAUUCCACAAACAGCCGCUGCAGUGACUGACUAAUGUGGCACAUGCAAAUUAAGCGGAGAUAAAUGUCACAUCAUGAAACAUUUCAUCAGGGGAGAGAAACAACACGGAGGAGGUUUUGGGGACAUUUACUGUACAUUUGCUCCUAGUCAGGGGUUAGAUGGCGAUGCCGCAAAGUGGCUCAAGCUGUGAUUACACUGAGCAACAUGUGCGUCGAGGGAGGUCUGCAGGCCAGAUGUUUGGACUGGCUUUUAGUCCUGUACUCGUCCCCCUCUUUUUUUCUUCUUCCUGGUUCAUCAUUCAUCGAGGUUCAGAUUGGAGACCGUGUUUAAUUUCUUCUUGCGUUGUAAAGAAAAACAACAACACUGCCCUGCAGGCAGCGUGAGUUAUAGUCGCUUAUUUUAGCCUCUUUCUUCGUGCGUAAAAGUGGUUUUCAUGCGUUUGCGCGCGCCGUGGGCUGGUAAAAAAGUGCUGGUUACACUACUGUGUAUUUGGGCCUCACCCAGAGUUGUUAACAAACAUGUCAAAAAGGCACAUUUGAGUUCACGGCUGUCCGUUGCACAGAUCUAAUAGAUUUGUUGACUGUAAAAGGAGAGGAAAUGUACAGAAAUGUCAGUGCACAUUUUGGGAGCACGUCUUCAAAAAGGAGGAGGAGGAGAUGCGGUUAUAGGGAGUGGGCUAUUUCAACCAGCGGGUAAAACUGGGCAGAUUUAGAUGGCUCAUAUUCCUCUGUAACUGUACUGCACCGUGACACGAGCUGCAGCAGCCGGGAGCAAAGAGCCACAGCAUCUGUACCAAACCCAGCCGCACUGGUGCCUUACGCAGGACAGGACGUGGAGUCGGGCACAAGCAAAGGCCAAGUGAGGGGAAAAAAACUCUCAGCUGCACACAUUUAACGUGGAAACGAUUCUGUGACGACCGUGAGAUUCCACAUAAUAUGCGCAACACCGUGGAUUGCCCUUUUUUUUAUCCCCCUUUCUGCCCAGUUGUGUUUCCUUAUUCAUUGUGCGCCCUAUGAAGAGCAUUAACUAUCCCUCCCUCCAAUCCUAUUGAAAGGGCUCCGAAAAAAACAGAGGGAGAUGAGAGCAGCAAAUCCCUUUUUUAUUCCCCUCGUAGCGCUCAAUAAGAGAAGAAUGUGUUGCCUAUCAGUCACCGAGGGGAUCAAGUCUUCGGGACUGUCCCACGCGUUCAAUGCGCCGCGCAGAGCAUCACUGAGAGAGACAGAGUGAAGAAGACAGCAGCAGCAGCAGCAGCAGCAGCAGCAGCAUCCAGUCUGGACAUCAUUUAACAACCUGUCUCCAAUCAGGAGCCACUUCGGUCAAUUACAGCUGCCUGCUUCUCUCACCUUCCAAGAACUGCCUGGAUUGUGUCGCUUGUCCGAAGGCACCAUGAGGAGUCUGGCGCUGCUGUUAGGAGUGAAAGCCGCUUGUAUCCUGCUUGUGUCGUCGCUCUCCGGCACAGGGGCCGUCAACAACAGCGGCCGUUGGUGGGGUAUUGUCAAUGUGGCCUCCUCAUCCAACCUCCUGACCAAUUCCAAAAACGUGCAGUUGGUCCUGGACCCCAGCCUGGCCCUGCUGAGUCGACGCCAGCGCCGGCUGAUUCGCCAGAACCCUGGCAUUUUGCAUGCCAUAGCUGCUGGGCUGCACACUGCCAUAAAGGAGUGCAAGUGGCAGUUCCGCAACCGCCGCUGGAACUGCCCGACCACCCACAGUCCCGGAAUAUUUGGCAAAAUUGUCAAUCGUGGUUGCCGAGAGACUGCUUUUGUAUUUGCAAUUACCAGUGCAGGGGUCACCCAUGCUGUGGCACGUUCAUGUUCAGAAGGGGCCAUUGAGUCCUGCACUUGUGAUUACCGCCGUCGGGGCCCUGGGGGGCCAGACUGGCACUGGGGGGGCUGCAGUGACAACGUGGACUUUGGUCGGAUGUUUAGCCAGGAGUUUGUUGACUCCAGUGAGAGGGGCAGGGAUCUGCGCUACCUCAUUAACCUGCACAACAAUGAAGCCGGCAGAAUGACUGUGUCUUCAGAGAUGCGUCAGGAGUGUAAAUGCCACGGCAUGUCAGGAUCCUGCACUGUUCGCACCUGUUGGAUGCGACUGCCCAGCUUCCGCACAGUGGGAGAUUUCCUUAAGGACCGCUUUGAUGGAGCAUCCAGAGUAGUGUAUGCCAACAAAGGAAGCAACCGUGCGUCUCACAGAGCUGACCCGCGCCACCUGGAGCCAGAAAACCCGGCUCACAAGCCUCCGUCUGCCAUGGACCUGGUCUAUUAUGAGAAAUCACCAAACUUCUGCUCCUACAAUGGCAAAACUGGCACUUUGGGAACCUCCGGGAGAACAUGCAACAGCUCCUCUCCUGGCCUGGACGGAUGUGAGCUGCUGUGCUGUGGACGUGGGUAUAACACCCGGACAGAGACUGUGACUGAACGCUGCCACUGUACCUUCCACUGGUGCUGCCAUGUCAGCUGCUUGAACUGCACCAGUACACGAACGUUGCACCAGUGUCUAUGAUCACAGCUGGGAAAUAUUAGUUGUACUUUUCUAUAUAUUAAAAUUUCAAAGAUGGACAUUUGGUAAAGAUGUUAGGGAGAACCCCAAAAUAUUCCAGGUAAAUAAACUUAUACAGGGAAAUUUAAUACAGCCAAUCAAACAAAAGGAAGCACAAGUGCAUGACAUGAGGUAUAAAGGAUAUAUUUGUUUGUUUUUGCCCUUAUGAGAAUAAAUAUAGUAUUUUGUUUUUAACCUUUAUGUAGAUUCGAAAUGGAAGGAUUAAGACUGUGGAUUGAUAUAAAAAAGGCAGGAAAUUAAGUUCUAGUACAUGUACUUUUUACCCAGUGAUUAUAAAAAAGAGAAAUUAAUUUUCUACUCUACUAGUUCAUAGGACGGAAUUUGAAGAAAUUCCUACUAUGUCCAUUAAAUAUUUACAUUCUCUGUUUUGGCGACGGCAUGGUCCUGAUGCGACAUGAUAGAGAUCAGUGCAAGUACAAUAGAAAAUGACUGAACAAAUAUAAGUGACGCAAAUUCAUUUGAAUGUAUAAUCAAAGCACUGAAAGACUAGAUGCCAUUUGCCAAAUGAGAUGAGAAAAAACAUAUGUUCAACAUCAGGCUAGAGGCUGCAAAACGCAGCUUUGUUUCAUAAAAAAAAAAUAAAGUGAAGUAGCCUCUGCAGAAGAAAUCAUAUUGUAUACCAGCUAAGCGAACCAAAAUACUGUAAAUACUAAGAUAUAUGAUUAUAUUUAUGAUGAUGUCUCUUGUACGUUUGCUGUAUGAUUAAUGCACAUGUCAGUGGCUGGAGAACAUGGUAUCAUUAGGGUCAAGUCAGGAAGUAUUUGAUCUCAUGUCUUUUUCUAUUUUUGGUGUAACGUAGCGGACGCAAACCCCAAUCCCACUAGAAACACUACACUUUGAUUUCUCUGCUUGUUUUCUCUUAUGAACAAAACUUGCGUUUGGUCAUGCACUGAAUAUUUUACUUUUUUUAAUUUUUAUUUUGUACAUAUGAAAUAUUUAUUUCUGGGAAUUUUUUAUACUGUCAUAGAGAGAUGUAAGUGAAGACAAUUUUAGAUUUUAAUUAAAAAGAUUUAGGUUCCACUUUUGUAUUGUAUGAUAGGAUAAUAAAGUCUAUAUUUUCAAUUAAGCUGCCCUUCUGAAUGUGUCAAAAGAUGCCAUUAUGUCUGGUGCAGUUUGUGUUUGAGAUAGUUUUGACAACCAACAAAGUGAACAUAUAAGCCUAUCCCUGGGUGUCCUCCGCCUAAUCCUAUUACCACCACCAAAGCAGCUUCUUUCCACAGCUCACAAAACAUCCCUGUAUCUGUGCUCCCAACCACAGGGACGGCCCCGGCUUAUCCAGCCACAUACCUUAUGUUAUACAGGAUUUUACUGCAUUGAAUGCUUUGCUUCAUUUGUAUAAUGUCAAAGAGAGAAUUGAAAAAAAAAAAAAUCAUAAUGCGAAAAUGAAUGCUCCCCAAACCCCUGGCAACCUGACUAACCACAGGAGUUUGGAGAGCGCUGCACUUUCUUUAGAGCCUACCACAGCACAGAAGCAGCCGGGUCAUCCACACAGAACAAAGUGGAGACACUGUACGGCCACCAAUACACAGACGCACACACACACACACACACAUAAGGUCCUUAUACCAGACCAACACAGCUGUCGGGUCACACAGGGUAAGACAAAAUGGACCAAAGAGAGGGCUGAAAAUGAACUGUUCAAAUCUGUAACAUCUGUGUUGUUCUAACAGAGCGAAUACGUCGGAUCGUGAGACACUUGGUGUAAAAGUAGUGAAAGAGGUAAAGGUCAUUUAACCCUGAAAAGUGUUCAAUACAAUAAGAUGUGGUUUAGAGAAGACUCUGAUAACGUGAGGAAAUGAAAGAAAAUCACUGCCAAUUAUAAUGAACAGAAUACAGCAAGAAAUUGUCAUUAGGUCAAACAAACCAUAAAAUACCAACCGUCUCUACGAAGAGAAGAAAUACCAUGAAAAAAAAACAUUAUUUUUUAAAAAAAUUACAAAGCUUUUUCUCUACAUCUGUUCGUUUUGAGACAAAAAUAUUGGAUGGAGUGAGCUUAAAAGAUGUUGCCAAGCUUCAAUAAAAUUAAGAAAUGUUUAUUUAAGUUUGGUCCAAAUUUUGAUAAUUGCUCAAUUUUAAAAUGGUUACGACAACAAUUAAUGAUCAAAUAAAAAUAUAACAGUGAUCAAGGCUUGACAAAGGCAUAAAUGAAAGAAGUUGUCAAAGCUCUUGGAGUUGCCUGACAGAAAAAUGGAACAUGUUUUAUUGUAAAAUUGGUUAACUUUUGGAACGAUUUGUUUAAGACCCAUUAAACUUAGCCCAUAUAUAAAUUAUAUAUAUACAUAUACAUAUAUUUAUGUUCAUCUGACAAAAUUGCUUCCUUGUGCUGUGAGCUAAAGAAACAUGUGCUAAUGCUUUGGGGGAAAUUUGAGAACAAAUAGUAUCAACAGUUGCCCAUACAUACAACUGUUAGUUGCCCAUAUGUGCAACUAUAGUGUUAGCCUUUAGCCAACACUAAAAGCAGAAGGUAGUGUUCAUAUAACAUUUAACACUAAAAAAAGUCUGUAGAAGUCAUUAUAUAUGUUGCUUAUUACUAGCUGACUCAUGCUAAAGCUAAUGGCAAGCACAUCGCUAGAACAAGCAGGUCGAAGAAGGCCACAAGGAGGGUUCCAUUUAUAUAGGUCCAAAAGGAAGUUAAGCAAUGGUUGCACACUUAGCUGACUGUAGUAUAAGCAGAAGCCCCGUCGGGUGAGUUCCUGCCGCCUUAACUUGUUUAUAGAUUUACAAUGUCAUUACAAUCAGCUGCAACCCAAUGUUUUUAUUUAUGUUCAAUUAUCAAGUCAUAGGAAUGAAAGCUUUAAACUUUGUUUUAAAACGUAGACGUUUACAAAGCAGCAGGACUUUCAUCCUACAAAGUACGAUUAUUAUCACCUUUUAUAAUGGAGUCAGACAAACAUCUGUUAACCAGUCAUUUCCCCGCUAGUGCUUGAAAACGGAAAAACUGGCAGUAUCCAAGUCAAACAGCCCAGCUGUGUUGUAAGUGUAGCCUGACUUCACCAACAUACUGACGGUUGACAGCUAAUUGCAGAUGUGUGGAAAGUAACGUUGACGGAGAAAGUGAAGUCCAAUUUAAAAAAAGAGGAGCCACGGGUUCAAAAACCCAAGUGUGAGAGUAAGGUGGGAGAGUUGGUAUAGAGUGAGUGGAGGGGGUGCUGCCUGUGGGAGUGCUGAAGAGUCAGUGAUAAUUAGCUCAAUUAGUGACAAAGGCAGUGUAAUAAAUACCGACUUAGUGUCUGGGUCCCUGCUGGCCUCUCUCUGCGCGGACUGCGAUGUGGCCCUGGCCUGACGGACAAUUCAUUAAACUGACAAAAUACCCCACCGUCCAGGCGUGACGCAGCGAGUUAGCCCCCUACAGGCCCUGCUCAUUGUUCUAAUUGUCUGGGCUGGAGUCACUUUGUGGCCGCCUCCUCCUUUACCCACCCCGCCAUCACACUCUGCCUUCAGAAAGCCCAUGGAGUUAAUGCCCCUACCUUACUCUGUAAGUAGGUGAUCGGCAGGUUGGAAAAAAAAGGCAGUAAGAGUUCCUUAGGGUGGGGCAGCUGGUGGGGGAGGCAGUGGGAUUAGCGAAAGGAGGUUGCCUGGGAGUGCUGGGAGCAGCAUUGAUCGGAAUGUAGGAGAGAUGAGUCCAGAAGCUCGGAUGCGGGACAAAGCGAGAGUUAAUAAGGAAAGAUUGAAGGGGCUGGCGACAAUGGGCCGCCACCCGAGUCGAGAUGAAAUUGCUUCCGAGGAUUAUUGGGAGACGGUGUGAGCGUUGUAGGCUUUUUGUGUGAGUGUGUGUUUGGUUGGGCAUUUGUGUGUUUGUGCUUCAGUGUGUGUGCAGGGCAGGGGGAGAGCUGGAUUGAUGGUUGCCCCUCUGGUUGGGGAGCAGGGGACCAGGGGAGGCUAACCGGCUGUUCCCACAGUCUGUUCUGCUGCAGCCACCUUUGACACACGGGGCUGCCAGGCGGUGAGCAGGCAGCCACGGUAAGAAGGGCACAAACAAAAACAACUGCUCCGCUACAACAAAAAGUCAGUGUCUUCGGAGAAGCCAGUGGACACGCACAGGCUGGAGGUGAGGGUGUCAGGAGGGGAGGGUCGGGGGGAGGGAGGGGGUGUAAGUGGAAGAAUAAAAAAUGUACAGAGAUUGCAAAAACUUGUACAGUUGAGUCGCAUUUUUGGUAUGGAUCCUGUCAGCCUCUUCAUUGCCAAUAUCUCCACACAGUGACACAGUCUGACGACAAGCAGAUGCUGCUUACUCAUGAUCAGAAUGUCUGCUUCAUCACAUUGUUAGCGCAACUUUUUAUGCAGCAGCUCUUGCUUUAUGAGCUGAAAUGUCAAAAACAUUUAUGUCCCGGGGCUCAGUAACUGUCAUGUGGCCAACUUCCAUCCAUGUUCCCUUUUACCAGCAGAACAGAUUCAUUUGCUGUUUUCAGGACCUCUGACUUGAGGACCGACACAACAGCAGGAGAGUGUCAAAGUUAAUAGAACCAUUUUUCAAGGGUGUUCCUGAUUUAGGCUUCUGCAGGAAAACAGUUUUUUACUGUCCCACAUUGUUCCCCCAACAAUAAUGCAGCCAUGUGGUCAAUCACUGGAGAACAUGCAGAGAAGAUGAUAUGGCAUAAUGAAGGCACAGCAGCUUCACAUUAAAAUUCCUGCUAAAUUGUGGAAAAAAAUCUUUGCCCGUUGGGUGGAGUUGGCUUUAAUUUGAAGGGCGUACGAUAAAGAAUUCAGAAUUGGGUUUGGGUCACCGCACAGAAUGAUAGGCUGCUCAAAGUGGUUGUGAUGGACAAUGUAGCGUGGCUUGCAUCUGGCACACAAUGCUGAUUUGACUUCUGCGCUGCCCCAACAUUUCAUUGUAAUCCUAGCAUUUGAUAAUGGUCCAAGUUCCAAUUAAUUAGGGCAUUGUUAUGACAGGAACACCCUAACACUGUUCACACAAUAGGAAGCAUUUGUUUCGGUGCCACUAAGUGACCACAGGACUAUUAUGUAAUAGGAUAUGCAUUUACGGCCUCAUCACAGGCACACAUUGCAUAAAUAAUUACAAUCAAUCUAAACUCACCUAAAGUUACAAAUAACAGCCAUGUGGAUUAGCGGUGGUCAGUCAGAUGGGUCAGAUUUACUCAACGCAGAUUUAUAGGAAACAAUGAAAAGAGCAUGAGUGUGUGUUUGUAAGUGCACACUCUCCAACUAGUGUGUGUGUGUGUGUGUGUGUGUGGGUGUGUGGAUGGCAGCUGGGAAGCAGACACGGUCCAGGAGAAUCAUCCCCUAGCAACUGACCUUUUCAGCAGAUGGCACCUCCAGAGUAACAGCCACCCAGCAUCACAAUGGCUGUGGCCUCCUAACAUCUCCAUCACUUCAUCAUCUACCGGCCUGACACAACCUGUCACACAGGAGCCAGGGAAGGUUGUAUUCAUCCCGGCACUUACUCACUCAAGUGCCCUCUGCGUUUUAUCCUCUCGCUACGAGUCCGAAACAUUCCUCACAUGCCAGAAAUAGACUGCAGUUGGCCGUUCCUGUCUUUCCAGGAUAUGAAGCAGUGCCGUCGAGGAGAUGAGAUGGAUUUAGUAGAGACACGGUGGAUACUCUCGGCCGUUUGCAAACCUCCAGACACUCUCUAACCACUAUUUUCCGUUGUUGGGUUUUCUGCACAUAGUGAGUCAGGGUGGGAAUGUGGACAGACCACUUGACCACGGUGAGCAAUCAGUAUGAUGUCUGUGGUCAGACUCGGUGCCCCUGUGGAGCGAGAUGGAGAGCGAGCCCUGCAGUUAUGAUGGGAGGGAUGUAACUCUGUAGAGUUUGUGCGUGCAUGCGUGUUUGUUUGGGACAUGACAGCACACUUCACAUAUGUAUAAAGAUAUUUGUAGCUGGUAUUCACUCACUCAGCCUGUCUCUCCUCUGCUCACACAUGCCGUCUCAUUGGUUCACUCUCAGAGUGAUG